GAGAUAGCAGCUCAAUGUAUUCUCGCCCAACUGCGCGACCUACCUACAGAUCUACGGGCAAGAAAGCACUCCCCGAUCCCAUACACAUUGGGCACUUCAUGGCGAUACUAGUCAUUACGCUGUGUAAAAAGAUUUUGAUGAUUGAUACAUCUGUAAAGAUCGGCGUUUACCUUAUCGGAGUGAUGCUCGGUUCCGUGUUGUGCGAUGUUGUAGAUCUGCCAAAGUCGUUUUUUUCGAACAAAAGGAACUUUCUUAACCAGUAUUUUGUCAAACAGGGAUGGGGCUGGACAUUCGCACCCCUCCUAGCAUUUAUAUUUAUGACAAGUUUUGUACACACGUGUGGUAACAUGAGCUUAGUUCGUCGACACGUAAGCCGGCUGGGGGUAGCGACGUUCUGGUGGUACGUAUGUACCUACAUAAUGAACUGUGUGGAAGCGUUGACAGGGGCAUGCACCGACCCCCAGUUUACUGACAAGAGGAGUUGCAUUAAAGCAGAGAAAGCUUGGUUGGGCUUUGACAUAUCCGGGCACGUAUUUCUUCUCAUCCACUCUCUGUUGACAAUAUCCGAAGAAGUGAAAUGUUUCCAAGAUUGGUCCAGAGUGAAGACGGUGCUGGACCAAGAAAAUGUAAAAGAGAUGAAGAGAUUGAGUGGUAGGGAGGUGUCGCAGGGACAAAUAUCUUACCAGCAACUCACACCAUACAUAAAGCUUGUGGUGGUCUUCCUGACAUUGCUGUGCCUUCUUUGGGAAUUCAUGCUGGUCAUUUCUACUGUCUACAGGUUCCACACAUUGGCAGAGAAAGUGACAGCGGCUUUCAUAGCUCUUGGAUGCUGGUUCAUUAGUUAUCAAAUAAUAUACCAAAACAAGUCCGCGUGGGCUCCUGUUUUGCCAGGUGAAAGCCCACUCCAGUACACUCGGAUUCAGUCAAAAAGAAAAGUUUUUUGACUUUAUUUCAAUUGAUUUUUAAAAAUACUUUGAAAUGUUGUGAUGGCAUUUUGCUGCAGAGGCUCUUAAUAUAAAUGCAGAUUGUCUCACAUUUGAUUUCCAUUUUGUCAUGUCCUGAAACAUUGCCAAAAUUUUGCCAAAUCCUUGCAGCCACUGUUUGUUUUUACAUGUUCGUGUCUGGUUUUAAUAUUCAUUCAGUUUUUCUCAUUAGUCCAUUGUAUAUGCAAUAAAUUUAUGGAAAGAAAUAUACAUUACUGGUAAUUUAAUACAUAGGAAAUGUAUCUCCUGUGUAUACAUAUUGUUGUAGCGAAACUUGUUUUAAGUUUUAGUACUGGUAUUUUAAUGGGAAAAGACUUUUUGGAGAAAAAAUAUCAGAAAACAGGUUUUGCAGAUUUUUCACAAGAGAUCUGAGAUUGGGUUUUGAAUCUGUUUCCUGAACAGAACAUUUAUCUUUUAGUAUGUUGAAUUUUUACAUCUGAAACGUUUUAACUCUACCUGAAAGAUGGUUCAUCCAGUUGUAGUCUUUGGGACUACAACAGAAGUCACCAAAGCCUAUGCAGUCACUGUGAGUUAAAGUCCAGCUCAUGCUCACUUCCUCUCCAGAAAGUACGUGGGAAGGUCUGCCAGUAACCUGCAAAUGGUUGCGAGUUUGCCCCGAGCUCUGCCUGGUUUCCUCCCACCAUAUUGCUGGCCGUGGUGGUCUAAGUGAAAUAUCCUGGUGUAUGACGUAAAACACCAAUCAAAUAAAUAAAUAAAUAAAACCAAAGCCUUCACACAAUUACGCUUACAGGCCGUACAGGGUUUUCAUUUAGAAUUGGAGGAGGAGGUCAGAAUUCAAAAGUAGGUGGCUGAAUUGAAAGUAAUUAUGUCACAAUUACUAUUGAUUUAAAUAGUAAGAAUAUUGAAAGUAGGCGGCUACGUGGACGGCAGUAGACAGCUGUGUGCAGCCUGCUAUUUGCCCUUUUGAAACACCCUGGGUGUAUUGCAGUAAAUCACUUAAGCAUACUAUACUGUUGGCAUACUUCCCUCUUUGAGUGUCCACUUGGGAAAAACCCAGGGUGGUAUUUACCAGAAAAUGUAAUAGGUCAGAGAUGAGUUGUAAAGCUGAGGUUACUGACUAUUGUUCAUGUUGUUUGUCGUUCACCUGCUUCUUGGAUGAUUAUUGUGAAGAGCAGAUUCUUCUAUGAAUUGAUGUCAUACAUGCAUGACAUGUACCCUCUGCCAUGUGAUGUACGCAACAGCCCAGCCAUACAACUCCGCAAAAUAAAUUCAGAUAAAUGAAGUGGAAAGGAUUUUUAAAAUGCAGCCUCAUGACUCAUGCCUCAUGACUCUUGUGCAAUGCAUAGAGAAUGCAUGAUUGAAACAUCGUGAAACACAUCUGUUGAAUUAGUUCAAUAAUAUGUAUCCUUCCCAAUGAGGACUCGGGUCAGUGGGCGAAAAUAAUGUCCUGGUUGCUUGGCCACUAACUUGUGGAUGGAGUGCUUUAUGGAAAUGAUGUAAAUAUAAUGUUCUCAACUUUAAAUAUUCAUGUGACUGCAAAUAGAACUAUAUGCUAUUAUUUUACUGCAUGAUCUCUAUGUUGUCUGUUUGGUUGUUGUUAAGAUAAGGUUGAUGCUUUUGUUGAUCACUAAACCUUUUCUCAGGUGUUCAUUGUGAAAAGCAGAUUCUUAUUUAAUAAAUUGACCUCACUCUACUGAAUGACAGCAACCUCAGCUUAAUAUAUCUCAUCCUUAUGCCAAAAUGUUCAGGAAAGCACAUUGAAACCUUGUUCCUAUCAUAUGGCAUUUGCGAGUCAUUAGUUGUCUGUGUGUCAUGUCCACAUUGUUUACCACAUGCCAAGCUUGUCUUUCAUUUAAUUUUUAUUCUAUAAUCAUUUAAGAAAAAAAUUACCUGCCUACACAUGGUCUGAAAAGAUCUGACUGAUGAAAUCCCAGUGUUACAUUGGAGAUAUGAUAAAUAAUAAUAUCAGAAUAUAAGUCUGGAUGGAUUUUGGAGAUUUAAAUGUUGUUGAAAGUGAAAGUAUUCUUUCUCUGCUGUAUAAUUUUGCAUCUGUUCUAUUUUACAAUUUGUCAAAAAGUUACUCAGUUUUUUUAUUGUUGUUAAGAUCAAUUUUAUAAUAUUUUAUAAUCUGCUUGGUUAUGUCGUAGUAGUCAUGGGUAAUGUUUUCUCAGGAAUUUUCAAGAAAAAGUGCCAAAAGGAAACGUUCCAUCCCAGUUGCAACUCCACCGUGUAUGAUGUUUCUUUUAAGAGAAUUAAGUCUUCACCAUGUAACUAAUGCAUCAUCGUUAAAGGGUUUCCUAUGAUUUAACAAGUGUCCAACGCAUGCCUUAAUACAUGUACAUGCACAUGAACCUGGGCUCAUGUUUAAUUUCAUGCUAAUUACCACUUUAGAUAUUUGUUUUACCACAACAUACUGUUUUGAGGCAUGAUACUUGCAUGUAAGUGAUUUGAAUCGUACCCUGCACUUUAAAUGGAAUAAUUGAGUCCCGCCAGGCUUAGAGCCAGUCUGUAAUUGGUUAGAAUAAGUUUGUUAUUAGGAUUAUUCCAACUUGGCUCUGAAGGAAUUGUGAAAUGUAAUUUCAGUUAUUUGUGUUAUCAGAAUGCUGUAGUCGUUGUUGUAGAAUGUGGAAUAGCAGUAUGUGAACGUGUAUUGUUAUAUAUGUGGUUGUUUUCUUAGUCAUGUAAGCUAGUAUUAUACAUUGAGUAGGUUUGGAGUGUAACAGUUUGAUUUGUUAUAGUUUAGUUAAUUGAUCAGCUAUUUGAUCUUCUUUCUAAUUCCAGUAUGUCAUAUGCUUUAAUUUGAUUCUUAUAUGACCGUUUGUAUCCACGAAGGCAAUAACCACAAAUACAGUAUGGCAUUUCCAGUGCUAAUAUGUGUUUGAGUUAU